AUGAGAAGAAGAAUCUCAGAAUUUCGACAUGAGGCACAUGAAUCAUUCUUUGAGGCUGUUUCACGGUUCAAGGAGUACAAGAGAGAGUGCCCUCACCAUGGUUUUACAGAGAUUGCUUUGCUAAACUUCUUCUAUCAAGGAGUUGAUGAGAAAUUCAAGAUGGCGCUCAACACCGCAAGUCAAGGGGACUUCAUGACUAAUACUAUUUCUCAAGCCAACAUUCUCAUUGAUAACUUGGCAGCAAGCAGCAAAAGUUCAUACCAAGACUAUGUGCAAGGCGUGGAGGAGAUCAAACCAAAAUCUGAUUUUUCAGAAAUCUUUGAGCUAAAGUCAUUAGUUGCUCAACUUCUCAAGAGCCAACAAGGCAAUGGUGACCUAUGUGAGAACGUGGUGGCUUCUAGCAGAAAGGAUCAUAAAGAUCUCAUUGGUGAAAGUUCUUCUAAGCAUCAAGAAGGAGUGAAUUAUGUUGGUGAGUUUGGAAACAUCAAUGAAAACCGAAAUCACAACGGUUUUAACCAUGGAAACCCUCAGCCAAGCAUUGGAGAUCCUCUUCUAGACCAAGAUCACGUGGUCAUGACACCUAAGAGAGAAACCUUGAAGCUAUGA